AUGCCGUCAGCAGCAGCGAGACGGAUCUACGAAGAUCAAAUCCCUUCCUUCAUGUCCGUCUUCGACCUCGACGCAGAGACCAUCGCCGCCCAGGAGACAGUCACCCUCGUUGACCCCAAGUUGAUUGAGAUGGAGGCUACCGGAAAGCCCCUGGGUGACCCCAUCCACCACCUGCGGGCCUCGAUGCCCUCGGAUCCCACUCACAAGCACCACGACAGCACCUCCACCCAGGCCUCCGAGUCUGCGGAGUCGUCGCCCACGACGACGCUCUCGACAAGCGACUGUUCCCCGCUGUCAGACCCGUCCCCCUCGUCUUCCCCGGACUCUCCCGUGAACUUGAUACCCCUCAGCUCUUACCCUGCCACGUCCUUUGGCGGUCUUUCGCCCAUGUCUGCGAUGAACACUUUCACUGCGGCAGAAACCACGAGCUUCGGCCGACCCAUGACUUCUCCCUCGCCGCGCCGCCCCAAGAACAUGAAGGGCCUGUCGAUCCAGCCGCCGUUUGUGAGCAACUCGGUCGCCACGCUCGUCUCCGAACCGGCCUCGCCCUCUUUCAUCAAGCCUACCAUCCCGGCAAUGAAGCGCAAGCCCAGUCAGCUGAGCCUCAACACGCAAACAUCGGACCUCGUCAUGCGGAACAACACCCUGGAAGUCCCCGGUACGCCUGGCAUGCCACCCAUGCUGCAGAGGCGCGCGUUGAAGCAUUCGACCUCGUCCCCCCACAUGUUGCCCUCGCUGAAGAGCGCGACGUUCGGCCCCGCCGGCGGAAUGACUUUCCCCAAGGUUCUGGAAAGGAACGAGUCGGGUCUUUCAGAGUUUCUGAGACCGACAAAGACUGGCAUUGGCUCUUCAUUCGACACUGCGAUUGUCGAGGAGGAGUCUCCGAUCAAGACGCAGCUCGCGAGUCGCGCGGCUCUUGACUUCGAGCCGUUCCAUGAGAUCGAAAACAACGAGGACCAAAAGACACCUGGGUACCCAGACGGUCCUAUUGCAAUUUACGAAGACAAUGUCUACCUCUACCUGGAACCGACAGCCGAGGAGGCUUCCAAGUUCGACACUGUCAUCAACGUUGCGCGGGAGGUCAACAACCCGUUUGCCUUCUUGCCAAAGCCAGACGAGUCAAUGUCGGACUCCCCUGUAGCCAGCCCCAUCCCCGACACUGCCUUGUCAAACGCGAGUUUCUCCACGGCCUUUGAGUUCCCUACCCUCGAGAGAACCGAAACACCCACGACGCCCAAAGGCACCUCGUUCUCCAUCCAUCGCCCAGAGUACAUUCACAUGCCCUGGGACCACAACACAGAUAUCGCACAGGAUCUGAUGCAUCUCUGUGAAACAAUCGACGCGAGAACGAAGGAGGGAAAGAGGGUGCUCGUUCACUGUCAACAAGGCGCAAGUCGAUCUGCCAGUCUCAUCAUUGCGUACGGCAUGUACAGGAACCCUGAGCUUAGCGUCAACGACGCCUAUUACGCUGCCCAAGGCAAGAGCAAAUGGAUCAGCCCUAACAUGAAGCUCAUGUACUGCUUGCAGGACUUCCAGAAGCAAGUCUCCAAGAAGAAGGGCCCGCCAGGCUCAGCUUUUCGCCCUCGAGCUGGACGCAGCCCCACCAAGCACCGUUUAACGCUGUCCGUCGAUGCCGCCAUGGAACUCGCGCCCAAGGAGCCCUUGACAGCUCCUCUACCAGGAGAGCAGGAAGGCAGCUCAGGGAAUGCGAGCCCAAAGAAGGGUAGCCCUACCCGUGGCAGAGGACAUUCCACACCUGGCAAUCGACCAAUUUCACCGGGACCAUCAUCGGCACCGUCGAGCUUUUCCUGGUCAGAAAACAAGACGAAUCCCGUCACGUUUGCCACCUUUGACGUUGAUCGCUUACUUCCAUCCAAGCCUGAAGGGUCUGUUUCGGGCCUGGCACCAUCGUCGUCAUCAUUCCCGGCCAAACCGCCACCGUCGCCCGGCUUCGGAGCUCAUCGAUUCGGCCCCUCAGCUGGCUUUGGUUUCUCCAGCUUGAACCUGGGCCCGUCAUUAGGGCACGAAAUGGAAAUAGAACACACCAUCCGCAAGGAAUUACCUCGCGCAAUGAUUGGCGCGAUGCCUGCUGAUACGACACUCAUGUCGCCUAGAGCAGAGGAAAUGACAAAAAACCCACUGCACGAUUCCUGCAGCGACUUCCCAGGGAUGCAGUUUAUCGAAGUUCCGCCAACCCCAAAUGAGGGUCUGUUCUCGCCUAGACAAACAAUGUUCCCUCGAGACCCUUUCUACCCGUUUGGACGCCCUGCCCAGGUUGCCGACCCGCGAAGCCCGCCUACAAGAGGUGAAACACCAAUUGUGAGGUCUAUUGACGAGCUGCUAUGA